CUUUUUUACACCUGGUUUUCCUGUAAAACUCUGCACCCUGCAGCCAGAACAAAGGACUUUGUUUUGGGGGGGGUCUACUUUCUACUAAAACAGUUUAUGUUUUCCUUCUUCUAGAGGAAUUUCCAGGUCUGUUCAUGACGUGAUCAGUGAGACAGCCAUCCAGCCAUGGCACUGUGGUGGUGCACCAAGGUCGCCUGCAGGCUGGCUACAGCGUGGCUUUCCCUGCUCGUCUCAUCACUGCUGUGGCAAAUGAUCAGUCCUGUCCACACUGCCCCGUCCUGCCCGCGAAGCUGCAGCUGUCCAGGUGUCAGAGAGGUCCACUGUACGUUCAGACACCUCACCAACAUCCCAAAAACUUUUCCUAAAGACACAGAGAGGCUGAACUUGGGUUAUAACAGCCUGACGGAGGUGGAGGGGUCUGAAUUCAGGUCAUUACGACAACUGGAAAUGCUCAUGUUGCAUGGCAACGACAUUAACACGGUCCACCCUGGUGCAUUUUACAGCCUGAGAUCACUACAGAUCUUGAAGCUGAGUUACAACAAGUUAACAUCAAUAAAUCCUGGUUUGUUUGAGGGUCUUGUUGCUUUGAUUCGUCUCCAUUUGGACCACAACCUUAUAGAAUUUAUAGAGCCAUACUCCUUUUCUGGCCUGACCUCCUUAAAACUCCUGCAGCUGGAGGGGAACCUUCUCAAAGAGGUCCACCCGCAUACCUUCAUAACAGUGUCACUGCUAGGAAACUUUUGGACCUCUGGACUCAAACACUUACAUCUAUCAGACAAUCUGUUGGAGCAGUUACCUGCCACAGCACUGCAGACAGCUCCCAGGCUUGAGCUCCUCUCUUUACAUGGUAAUGCUUGGACCUGUGACUGUCAGCUCCACUGGUUGAUGGAAUGGAGCUCCACACAUGAAGGAGUAAUAAAGUGUAAGAAGGAACGUGGAUCCAGAGAGAUAUGCCCAGCGUGUUCCUCACCUCAGCACCUGAAUGGGACCCUUUUUCUAGGGUUAACUCCAGACAAGCUUACCUGUGAACGACCAACUCUUCACUCCCCCCUCAAAAAGUGGGACAAUCCAGCGUGGGCUGAAUCAGAAGCAGAGCCUGAUGUUCCGUACACCCGGGACUUUGAAAAACCUUUAGGUCAUUUGACCAUUGUUCUCUCAGAUAGCCAUGGAAACAGUGCUCAUGUGGCAUGUGAUGUGCGCCAUCCUGGAGACAGUUCACCAAUGACGUGGGCGGUAAAUCCGCGUUCACCUGGGGACAUAUCUGUCAACGUAUCGCUGGUGACUGUCCUUGAAUGUGAGAUUGAUCGAGAGAAAUUGCAAAAUCUGUGGCAACUGGUUGCAUAUUACUAUGAAACCCCUGCAAUUUUGGAGAGAGGUCAACAGAGAGGAAAUGCAAGUAGAGUAACCUACCAGUAUAUACAAGCUGUAAAUGAGAACUCCCCAUAUUUCACAGAAUUAAAAGGGUAUUUGGUAGCAGAACCAUCUUGGCUGCUUCAACCCAGAGUCACUCUGAGGCUCAACAGAAAGCAGACAACAACCAAGAAACUGGUAAUGGAUUUUACUACUUUAAUUACAAAGGACAUCAACAGGGAUAGGGUCGAAGAUGACAAUGAUUUUGCUUCUUCUUGGGCACUAAUUCGCAGAGGGACAGCAGGACGGGUACAGACUGCUCUCGAAGGCUCAAAGGUUAAUUUGGAAUGCAGUGUCAUUGCUUCUGAUCCACAGGUGAAAGUGGAGUGGAUGCUUCCAGAUUUGUCAGUUGUGGAGGAUAAAACUGAUAAAAUAGACAUUUCUGAAAAAGGGCAGCUUGUGAUUUUGAAUGCCACACUGUCUGACUCAGGCCUCUACCACUGUAUUGUCAGAACCAGAGCUGGUGUGGAUUUGAUAUCUUUGAGACUCACUAUCAAAGAACGCUCACUGAGUCCAACAGCUUUCAAUGGUGAGAAAAUUACAGUUGAGAAAGGGAACUCUUUCUCUCUUCGUUGUGAGGUGACCUCAGUUCAUCCCAGUCAAACUAUAUGGUAUCUACCCAGAAACCAAGUCCUUCUCCCCACACAACAGACAAGAAGAGCAGAAGUGAUGGAGAAUGGGACUUUGUUUGUAAGGAGACUGACACAAGAAGAUGCAGGGGAAUAUAGCUGCUUGGCGUCCAAUCUGUACGGAGUUGACAUGCUUACUCACAUAGUGGAAGUCGCAGGAGAAAAGGCUUCUGACAGGUCUACGGUACAAACUGUGAAAGAGCAUCAAAUUUUGACAGAUGGUUUGGAGGGAGGAGAAGGUUCAGGGGGAGGUUUUCAAGAAAUUGUACGUCCUUUUUCUACACAGCUCCCUGAGAAGGUAGGAUCAAGGCAAAGGAAUCCUAAUGGUUUUUUGAAAAGGACACGAACAAAAGAUUCAAAGAGAAAACCCAAUGUAUCCAUUAAGGAACUGGAUCCAAAUCGUUGGGCAGAGAUACUGGCAAAAGCUAAUGCUAAACCAAGUGUUGUUCUGCCCGCUGAGCAGUCACUUGAAGAGCCAAGUACUGUAACCAUCCAAACAAGUACAGCCAAACCUACAACUACAGUUGCAACUACAGUUAAUACUCCUACUUAUAACUUACACCACACCACUACCCCUCCUGAUACCAGGAUAGAUUUAACACAUUUUAAUGCAAAAGUCUACACUGAGGUCCAUUCAAACACAGACCAAAUAGGGGAUGAGAAAAAACUUUCUGAACCAUUGCAAAGUCAGCCACAGGUUGUGCAGCCCGCUUCUCCCAGGACUACAGUUGAACGUCAGCCAGUUGAACAGCCUGAAAAUAAGCACUUAGAGGAGGGAAAAAGAAACUCUACCUUUGUUUCUGGUGGUUCAAACAAGAGAAAACACCCUUACAGACGCAGAAACCCCCCACUGAGAAGAAUCCAUCCACAUCUUAACCCCCUCAACCAUUCAUCAAACAAGACCCAAACAACUCUACCCCCAACAACAACAACCACCACUCCAACAACGACAAUGCCCACUACAACUACUACUACAACUACCACUACUACUACUACUACUACCACUACUACUACCACUACUACAACUGCAACAAUUGUUCCUACCACAGUGGAAAACUAUGAAACUGUAUCUGCCGAGUAUCAGACAGAGGAAGAUGAAUACUAUGAUGAAUAUAAUUACAAGACUAGUUUGGAUGCCACAGAAGAUUUAAAGAGUGAAAUCCUUAUUACCACUCAUGAUCUUCAUGUUAACAUUACCCCCUUUCCUUUAGUUAAGGAAAGUCCCCAUGUAGGUAGUUUCCCAAAUACAAAUCAUUUACCUAAUCCAAAAACAAUUAUGACUCCUAAAUUAGAUAAUCCAGCAGUACGGACUGCAGACUUAGACAAACCUGAGAUAAAUAGAAUAGAGAUGACAAAACAAAAUGAAGGAAAUGGCAGCAACAAUAAAAACCUGGUUCUAAAAGCACUGGAUGAGCAAGAAAAAUAUCAAAUAGAGCCAGAAGGCAGUAAGAAAGACACAAAAGAAAAGUUGGUUACAGAGAGCUACAAUACACAAGAUAUCAUCAGGUUAACAACACAGCAUAGACCAAGACCUAACACUCGACCUGCACCAGCAAAAAAAACACCAACCCAUGCAAAAACGUCAUCCCCCAACAUCUUUACAUCACACUCAGCAAGAGGAAGAACAAGAGAUGAGGACACACAAAGUGAAGAUAAAUGGAUACACAAACCAACUGUAAAGCCUGAAAUCAAUAAUUUCCCCAUAAUGGAGCCCCUUCACCCCUGGCUUCAUCAAAAUAACCAGGGAAGAGGACAAACUACCACCCACAGGAUUACACAUGGAAACCAAGAUAGAAACACGGGAAGGCAGAGUAACAUCAAUCCAGGCAGGCAUUUCCAACCCCCUAGAGUCCCUCCAACUUCCAGCUGGUCGUUACAACAUCAUCGUCAUCAUUAUUAUCCCCUCUAUCCUUCCUGGCCAGGACAAAGAGCUUUUCCUCAUCCAAGGCAAGGGUCACACCCUGCAGCCCUCCCGCAUCCAUGGGCUCAUGGGUCAUUUGUCACCAACCGACCAGAAAUCACAGCUGAAACAGUCAACCCCACACCUACUGUUUCGGAAGCGGGGAAUAUCGGAUUCACUUACUCAAAUACCUACCUGUCACAGCAUCAAAAUCAUCAUGUGGAUGGCAUGACCCAUACAAGAGAUCAGCUGUUUCUAACAAGGCUGAGGAACAGAUACAGACAGGCCCAGCUUGAUCGCAUCACUCAGCUAGGGAGGAUGGUUACACUAAAACCACGUACUAGUUACUACAAUCCUCCACCCGCCACCCCACCUAAACCUAAUCAUCCAUCCCCACAUAGACCUCACACCUCCAAACCAGCAGUGCCUACUGCCUCUUACACAAGCACCCUGCAGCUGCCAAACCCUGUUAAACCUUCUUCAUCAUUCUCUGAUUUCAUCCCAACCCCUCUUCCCUAUCAUCCCACCACCUUUGGGGCUUUUCCUGAAGGAUGGUGGCCUGUUGGAGCAGGACGAUUAAGCUCCCGCCGUCCUACAGCUGCCCCUCCUUUCCCAUGGAUGUUUGGGGGUGGUGGUGGUGGGGCUAAAUCUCGCAUUACCACAGUGACCACAGCAAGCGUGUCAGUGUUGGCAGAGAGCGAUGUGUUCCUACCCUGCAAAGCAACAGGGAAUCCUGAACCCAACAUUGCAUGGACUAAAGUCUCCACAGGUGCCACCAUCCCAGCUAACACCAAGCAUGGUCCCCGUUUUGAAGUCUUCAGAAAUGGAACUUUUGUCAUUAAAAAUAUCCAGCUUCAGGAUCGAGGACAGUACCUUUGCACAGCCCAGAACCGGUUUGGAUCAGAUCGGAUGGUCAUCACCUUAGCUGUCCAGACUGAGGCACCCAAGAUUCAACCACCCAAGUCCACAGAGAUAGCAGUCUACUUAGGAAAAAGUGUGACUCUUGACUGCCUGGCCUCUGGCAAACCACCAGCCCAAACUUCCUGGAUUCUCCCAGACAAAACAUUUGUUCGUGAUGCCGGGACUCUUUACACUAUCCUCUCUCCAAUGUCUCUGCUUCAGAAUGGAACCCUGCACAUUCAUUCUGCUAACUUUUCCAGCAAAGGGGCCUAUAAAUGUAUAGCAAGCAAUGCAGCAGGUGCAGAUACAAUCACUUAUCAUCUGCACGUAGCAGCUCUGCCUCCAAGCAUAAGCGAAGGAGCAAUGGAUAGUGUGAUCAUUCCUCCAGGCAGAAGUGUGUAUGUUCACUGCUCUGUGAAGGGCGAACCGCCACCUGCUCUCAAAUGGAUGCUCCCAGCAGGUGUCCAUGUCAAACCGUCACAGUUUCUGGGGCGCAGGCUGUUUGUCUUCCCCAAUGGGACGCUGUUCAUUAAGAAUGUUCUGCCAUCUGAUGGUGGGAGGUAUGAGUGUUUCGCCAGCAAUGCUGUGGGAAUUGCCAAACGAACGAUCCAGCUGGAUGUGAGAGCAGAUUCCUCUUCCUUCUCUCGCCAGCCUCCUCCUCCUCUUCCCAUUCCUCCAACACACUGGCAUGCUACCCCAUCUCGUCAACACAUUGUCUCAGCGAUGUAUGGUUCUGCUGUCUACCUCCACUGUCCAGAGUCUACCGAAUAUACAAGAGGGACCAUCUGGCAACUGCCAUCCAAAACCAUCCUGGAGCAUCAAUACAGUCCAGAGAGACCAAUUAAAGUUUUUCGUAAUGGGACCCUGAGGAUUCUUCAGCUAACUGAGCUGGAUGGUGGAAGUUAUCUGUGUGUCUUCCAGCGGCCCAAUGGAGAGGACAUGGAGCUCUUCCAGGUGGAGGUUUUAAUGACCCCUCCCAGAAUCGAACAUGUUAGGACGGCACAGACCAGGAUCACCUUUGGAGAAAAUUUCCAGGUGGACUGUGUGGCAUCUGGCCUCCCUGAUCCAGAAGUUUCCUGGAGUCUCCCAGAUGGAACAAUAAUCAACAAUGCCCUUCAAUCAGAUGACAGCGGCCUCCGCAAUCGCCGAUAUGUUAUGUUUGGCAAUGGAACUUUACUUCUCCAGCAGAUGGACAGAAAAGAUGAGGGUGACUACACUUGUUAUGCCAAGAACAAACUGGGAAAAGAUGAACGAAAAGUGAGCAUCAAAGUGGGGCCAAAUGCUCCAAAAAUUAGAUUAAAAUCACAGUCACUAGUGACAGCAAAACUGGGAGAGCCAGCCAAACUGAGUUGCGAGGCAACAGGUGAGCCUACACCUAGAAUCAUAUGGAUCUCACCGAGAACGGAUGUGAUACCAGCGUCAUCAGACAAAUUUCAGAUUAUGGAUGGCGGUAUAUUAGCUAUAAAGAAAGUGACACUGGCUAGUGAAGGAAUAUAUACAUGUGUGGCACGAAAUUCUGCUGGUGAUGAUGUCAAAAACAUAAAAGUUGAAGCUGAACCCCAGGAACCCUUUAUCAACGGCAUGAAAGGGAAGAGUACCACAAAGGUUUUGGGUGUUUCUUACCAAACAGCACAUCUGCAUUGCAGAGUGGAAGGAAAACCUGAACCAAGAGUCUGGUGGGUUACUCCUUAUGGCCUCUCACUCCCAACACCCUACCUUGGCGGUCGCUUUCAGGUCCACCAAAAUGGAAGCUUGGAGCUGAGAGGCUUAAGGAAAACCGAUGAAGGGAGGUACAUGUGUCUUGCAAAAAACAAUAUCGGUGAAGCCUCACUUUUGGUUGAAUUAGAUGUGGCUUCAUUAGCUGAGAAACCUACCUUUGCUGUUCCCAAUAUUGAAAUCUUACCAAUAAAGCAAGAUGGAGUAGAACUGAUUCUUGAGUGCUCUGCUCGUGGCAAGCCAAACCCAGAGUUUUCAUGGGUACUACCCAACGGGACAUUGCUGAUGCCUGGUGCUAGACUUCAGCGGUUCAUCCAUUAUUUAAGCAGUGGAACUCUGCGGAUCUCUCAACCAGUUCCAGCUGAUAAGGGAGUGUAUCGGUGCCUAGCAAAAAAUGUUGCAGGACAAGCAGAGAAACGUUAUGCCCUGGAAGCUGGCAGAAAGCCAGUGAUCAGAGGAUCUACAGGUGGGAUGAAGAUCACUUAUGGCCUCAAUCUCAACUUGCCUUGCACUGUGGAUGGCUGGCCGCAGGCAUCAAUCGCUUGGACCCUGCCCAAUGGUGUUGUUUUGGACAAACCUCAAACUAUUGGCCGUAUAUCUUUCUUUGCCAAUGGGACCCUCCAGCUCAGGCAGAUGGCCACCUUUGACAAAGGAACGUACAUCUGUAAAGCUUCCAACUCUUUUGGCUCAUCAGCACUAUCCUACCCAGUCACUGUGAUGGUGUUCCCUCCACGAAUCACCAGUACAAUGACAUCCAUCACCAGGGUGAACAGGGGAUCACCCGUGAUGUUAAAGUGUGUUGCAACUGGUAUUCCAAAGCCGGACAUUUCAUGGACAUUACCUGGACGCACCACAUUGGUUCCACACAGCCGAUACACAGUACAGGGAGGAAUUCAUAUGACAGAGGAGGGCAGUCUGGUCAUACAGAACCCUGUGCUCAUGAACUCUGGUAUUUACAAAUGUAACGCUAAAAAUGCCCUCGGAACAGAUUUCAAAUCUACGUACCUACAAGUUGUUUGAAUGACUUUUACAAUAAUUUGUGUUCUGAAUAUCUCACAACAGUGGUCUGGAUAAGGAUUUUCUCCAAAAGGCUUUGAAUAUACUGUCCAUGACUAGGCACAUUUAAAGCUGGCUGACUAACAGCUUGGCUUGGUUUCAAGUGAAACCUUGUUAGUGAACAUUCAUUAUUUCUGAUUUGUAAGUGCAGUUUUUUUCUUGUUUUUUUUUUUUUAGUCUACCUGUUGACCCUAAAAACAUGUUCACAAGUGCCUUUUGUCCUGUUGAGAGCUCGUCUUCUGGGCAUUACUCCCAUAGAUGUGAUUUCAUCACCCUUACAACAUUAUAGUUUGCAAAAUUUUACUUCCCUAAACAAUUCUUUGUUGCCACAGGACAGCAUGCUCUUUACCUUCUGUACCCAAUCAGCAUAUUGCUUGUUUGUUUAUUUUUGGCAGAAUUACCAUUAAAGUGUUUUCAGCUGUAUAAAUAUUGAACUGUUCAUGACACAAAAGAGUAGAUUUUACUGUAGAUAUUUCAGGCAACUUUCAUCAGUAUACAGUGGACACCUAUAAGUCCAACAUGUGGAACUGACAAACUAUUCUACUCAUUUGCUAAGUCCCAUACAUGAUAACCUUUCAAUGUCUCUUUUCUAUAAGGAUUCAAAUACCUCUUCUUGCUACUCUACAUUGUUUAUGAGCAAAUGACUCAGUGUAUGUAUCAGUAUCGUUUAUCCAUGUUGAUAUUGGUGGGAAGGAAUAGUUCAAAGCUGGUUGUGAACUAUUAACAGUGCACAUGAAAAUAUGUAAGUACAUAAUUUAUAAGUAAAUAAUAAAAUAUCCACGUUUUUG